CGGAAAUAAAUCCAUACUAGCUGAUCUGAGAUCAGAUUGUGACGGAAGGGUUUUGCCAACUGGACGUGGAAAAAAAAAACAACACGCGUCACUUCCGUCAACUCCCGGAGGCAGCACGGAGCAGUCUGUUAGUGGCUUAAAUAAGUCUAGUUGGAUGCAAGUUCCGAAGGGUGAGAACUGUCAGGUGGACAUGGAGAGCAAAGCUGGAGAUGCUUUCGGUGCUGAGGAUGCUCAUCCGACGGGCACGGGCGGCGGAGUUGCUAUCCUCGCUAAGCUGGGCCUUCCCAAAGGCUUCUCAGCCAGCGUGGCCAAAGAGUGGCUGGACCGGCGCCGCGCGUCCAUCCGGCCGUGGUCCAGUUUCGCUGACCAGCGCAAGUUCUCCAAGCCGCGCAAUUUGGGCGACAUGUGCCAGCGCGUGGUGAAGAACAUGGACACGUACAACAGCAACUACACUUUCAUCUUCCUGGGACUGGUCCUGUACUGCAUAAUCAGCUCGCCGAUGUUAUUGAUCGCAUUGGCCGUGUUCGUCGGCGCCUUCUACAUCAUUCACCUUAAAUCGCUGGAGUCCAAGCUGAUGAUCCUUGGCAAGGAGAUGACAGUGCCGCAUCAGAUGAGUCUGGCUGGAGCCCUCUCCUUACCCGUCUUCUGGUUGGCCGGAGCAGGAGCCGCCGUCUUUUGGGUUCUGGGAGCGACUUUGUUUGUGAUUGGCAGUCACGCCGCAUUCCGAGAACUGGAAAGCUCUGACCUGGAGGAAGUACUCAUGGAGCCAGUGUGAUACGCGCUACCUCGCUGACUCGCUCGCUCGCAACACGCACCCGUUACACACGUAGAAUUGAAAUAAUGUACUGUACGUAUUCUGGCACACGAUCACGGCAAAUUCCACUUAUUUUCUACAAAAACGCCUCUUAUGUUGUUGUAAUGUAGUGAUGCAACUCUGGAAAAAAUACAAAAGUGCAAUUUAAAAGCGUUGAACACUUUGAAUCCUAUAUUUAUCCUGCACAAAUUUUUAUUUUUUUUUUUUUGCUAUUUUAGUUGAGCUUGUACAACUUUAAACCAUUUGGGUUACAUGCUGUCACGUGAUCAAUGUUGGGUAACUUGUAACAAGGUUACAUAAUUUAAUUACAAAAAUGUAUGUCAUUGUAAAGCAUUAUGUCAUUGGUAGAAAAUGUCAAUUCUUUUUCAAAUUUGUGUUAUUACAACCUCCGUUACAGCUGGUUUGAAAGCUUGCGAUUGGCCACAUUCUGGUCAUGUGCCAUUGCUGGAGUCUCAAACUCAAUACUGUUUAUCAAAUAUGACCUCAACGCACUACCUUGUGGUGCAAUCUAUUAACUGACCUGAAAUUUUGAAAAUGUUACAUCAUAUUAGAAGACCAAAUUCAAUUUUUUUUCCUUUUUUUGUUGUUUAAAUAAUCCCAUGAUUUUUUGGUGUUGUUCUAUGAAGUGCUAUCUUCAUUGUGCGCAUUUGUCAUGAGAUCAAUAAGGUAUCAUAUUUUCCACAUGGUAUACGGAUAACACAACAUGUUUUUAUCAUUUAUAUGCAUUUGAUCAUAUUUGCCAUCAUUUUAUUUUUUUAAGGAACAAUUUGAAAAUAAGCGUGUACAAUUGGAAUCCAAUUUUUAGAGGGAAUAGGCAAAAGUCCUCACUAUGCAUUCAUUCAAAAUAAAGAAAAGUAAUCAAAUUGUAAUCAAGUAUCAUACUACUUUGAGAAAGUUACACUGCUGUGACAUUUUUAACAGGAUAAGUUGUAAUUGUAACCAACUACAUUUCCAAAGUAAUCAUCCCAAUACAAUACUGUGUUGCGUAGUCAAGAGUUGAUAUUUUUAUUGGGUCAAUUUAGCUUUGCCAUAAAUAAAGUUCUGGUAAUACCC